AUGCUUACGAAUGGACCCUGGCAGGACAUGUGGCAAUCCUGGAGCGAGACGUGGCAUUCAGCUUCUGGGGUACAGUUUCCAACGCUCGACAGCAGCAAUGAGCAGUGGCGCCGUGCAGUGCUUGCAGAACCGAUCAAGCUGAUGCAGCUGCUCCAGCACUUUCCCUUCCAGCAUAAUCUCCUCAAUGCCCUAAGCGACGAGGUCUUAAUAGCCUGGACGGCUGCGUGGAGACAGGACUGCAUGUAUCAGGGGCUCAUGGAGUAUCGAAAUCGGACAACUGACCACCCAACACAAGUGUGGCUCGACGACUGGAAGGCACGAACGACUAGCCUAUCAGGUAGUGCACUUUUAGCGCCGCUGAUCGACAACAGGGAUGACUGGGACAAAUUACGGGAACGCGGGUAUGGCAGUGACGACCUCUUACGCCGCUGUGACGUUGCAAAAAAAAGCAGUUUUGCAUGGCAUACUAUUUGCGCUAUCCUACACAAUGUAGAUAUCAAAGCCUUGACAGGAAAACCGGCUGAGGCGGAUGAAGCGGUACCUGACAGGAUCAGGCGCCAUUUAGAGGCAAGCCGGUCGCACGGUGAUUAUCGACGAGCCUUCCAGGACGCCUCUACCUUGCAGGAUUGGAGCGUGCUUCACGCAUUUUUUGCGACAUCCCUCGCACACGAGUCCGUCCAACGGACUCUUCAAUACUGA